UGCGGCGAAUUCUCUGGACACACCUCAUGCAAACCCGACGACCACGUACUGAACCAACCAGAAGCGUGCCCGAAUCACCUACCUUAUUGUUUUUCACGUUUCGCAAAGAAUAGUACUGAUAUCUCGAUCUAUAAGGGUUGUGCAACAGCAGAUUUCUGCACCCUGGAAUACGAACUUACCACCAGCCAUGUCUCCUGUGGGUACUGCUGCAGCAGCAACGACUGCAACGCACCUCUGAAGCCUACUGACUCGCUUCUAUCAUUUCCUUAG